GUCAACAUUGGAAUUGUGAGAAAAGGCAUAAGGAGGGAGAAAAGAGAGAUUCUCCUCUUCCUUUUACUCUCAGGCCCCUAUUCGUUUCUCAAAUUUCACAUUCUGCAAUCACAGUCUCAGUUUCACUCUCAGUCAUGUUUCAACCACCCCCUUCCUCUGCCAUCAAACAGCAUUUGGUUCAUACAAAUGCGCUAUCCAUCCAAGGGGCUUCUUCCGCACUGGUGCCAGUGGAUUUGAAUGAAAACACUGUCAAGGCAGAGGAGAAUGUGCAAAAUGAAGAAUUUCUUCAAGCACAAUCCUUCAUGCGACACUCCCAGAAACUUGAAGAAGAACUACGUACGUUAGGGAUGAAAAUUAAGCAGCAUGAGAACAACCUAAAUCAUUUGAAUACUGAGAAAAGCAAAUUAGAUGACUCCAUUCUUCAUUUGCAAGUUACUGUUGGGAAAUCAGAGUCUUCAAGUAAGGCCACGAUAGGUGAUAUGGAAAAUCCCCUCCCUACAAAUGAUGAGGAAGUAAAUAAACAGAUAUUGCAUAAUGAAAAAUCUGCUGCUGGUAUUUUGUGCCAGCUGAAGAUUCGUCAUGGAGCUAAGGCUUCUGAUCUUACAUUGACUAAGGAUGUUGUGGGUAUUGUUGCUACACUGGGUAAAGUUGAGAAUGACAAUCUUAGCAGACUUUUCUCGGAGUAUCUAGGAGUGGAGACUAUGCUGGCAAUUGUUUGUAGAACUUAUGAAGGGGUUAAAGCUCUUGAAUCAUAUGAUAAGGAAGGCUGCAUAAAUAAAAAUUAUGGUCUUCAUGGGCUAGGUGCCUCUAUUGGAAGGGCUUUGGAUGGUCGAUUUCUAGUGAUAUGUCUUGAAUCUUUGAGGCCCUAUGCUGGUAAUUAUGUGGUUAAUGAUGCACAACGGAAGUUGGAUAUUUUAAAUCCAAGAUUGCCCAAUGGAGACUGUCCAGCCGGAUUUCUUGGCUUUGCAGUGAAUAUGAUUCAUGUAGACAACUCCAACCUAUUUUGUGUAACUCCCAGUGGUUAUGGCCUCAGAGAAACUCUCUUUUAUAAUCUCUUUUCUCGUCUACAAGUAUACAAGACAAGGGCCGAAAUGAUACAAGCACUUCCUUGCAUAAGUGAAGGAGCUCUUUCCUUAGAUGGAGGGAUGGUUAGGAGUUGUGGUGUAUAUUCCUUGGGCAAUAGGGAAGAUGUUGAUGUGAGAUUUGCCCGACCUGAAAGAUCAACAGGGCUUGAUAGCCACCACAUUGAAAUUGAGAGAGAAUUGAAGGAUGUCAAAUGGAAGAAAGAAAAGAUUCUGGAGGAAUUAAAAAGGGAACAGCUGUUGUUGGACAUGACGAGGUUCAAUUUCAAUAAAAAGAAGACUGAUUAUCUCAAGUAUUUGGCACAAAGUUCAUCAGAUGCCACUCAGUUAUGCUACUUCAAUCUAAUGGCACCAUCAGGCUCAGACCGCUCCUGACAGAUUCAUAUCUAGAUGAUUGAAUUAAGGCUGACAGCAUACUAUGAAGAAGAGAGUCUGUGGCUGGCAAUUUGUUGCUUGUAGCUAUACCAUUUUGUAAUGUGGCUCUGGAAGGAGAAUGUUCUCAUUUUGACUUCUUAAAAUUGGAAGAUAAAUUUUGGAUAGUAAAACAAACACAUUGUUUUUCUGAAGCUGGAGGUCUUUCUUCAGUUAAGGCUUUAAUUUUAAUCAAGUUUUGCUGUGAAGAAAAAUCAGAUUAGCCUUCCAGACACUGGUAUCAGAUUUACCUGUCAGUAUGCAUGAUUAUCCUUCGAGACAAGACAUACAGUCUAGGAUAACCUUUUCUUGGUUCUUUGUAUAUCUGUUAGCCCAUCCUACUCCUGAAUUGAGUGUGAUUUGAGGCUGUGAAUAUUGUACAUCUCUGUUAACCAUUUUUCCGCUCGUAGUUUUAAAAUUUUUCAUUCAACU